ACUGUGCAGUUGUAGCAUGAAACACAAACUAAAACAAGAAAGGGCACCCCUAUAAAACCUGAAAUAUACUGUUCAAGAAUCAAUAUUUAAACUAUACUAUAAUUAUGAUCUACUGAGGGUGCUUAUUUCUUGUUUCUUUCUCAAAGAUUGAAUUUGUAAUUGUUCAAGGCAUAAGUUUGUGUCUUGUUCAUAUCAGCAAAGGAUGGGAGACCACUUUGUUUUUCUGGUUGAUCGUUUGCUUACUGAAUCAACUUUGGAGGCUGCAAUUGAGAGUAGGAAUCAGAAUCAAUUAGCAUCAUGGACAACAAAUGACCCAACAGCUGAUUGCUCCUCCCAAAGUUCUGUUGCUAUUUUAACUCCAAGGAAAAUGGUAGAAUGCAGGAUAUGCCAAGAUGAGGAUUGGGAUUCAAAUAUGGAGACUCCAUGCUCUUGUUGUGGUAGCUUAAAGUAUGCACAUCGUAGAUGCGUGCAAAGGUGGUGUAAUGAGAAGGGUGAUACCAUUUGUGAGAUCUGCCACCAGCCUUUCAGGCCUGGUUACACAGCGCCGCCCUCUAUUUUUCGCCUUGGUGGCAUUCCGAUGAACUUAAGGGGGAAUUGGCGAAUUGUCAGAAGGAACUUGAAUAAUCAACGUGUGAUAGCAGUGGUUUCAACCGAUCGCACUCUCAUUAACUCUGAUGAAGUUGAAGUUUCUACAUCAAGAAGCAUGAUCUGCUGUCGUGCAUUUGCCAUAAUAUUUAUGCUGCUUCUAGUUAUACGUCACGCUCUUCCCGCUAUAAUCAAUCAAGCAGGGGACUACUCACUUUCAUUGGUUACGGACCUUACGCUACUACUGCUAAAAGUUUCAUGCAUUGUUCUGCCUCUCUACAUCGUAAUGAAAGCAGUGACCUCUUGCUACCACCACAGACAACACCAACAGGCUACUUUGCCCAUCUCUUCGUCCCGUGAAGAAGCUGGCCUGGUGACUCUGCAGCAGGAGCCUCCCGUAAUUGCAACCCGAUGAAUAUUUUUGUUGUUGAAUAAGAAAAAAAGGGUUUAUUUAUUCUUCAAGAUAGCUGAUAUACAUCUAAAUUGCUGCCGAUCUUCACUUUA